AUGACGAGCCGUCGCCGUGACGUGCGGCACUGCCCGACUUUCCCGCUAUGCAUCCUUAUCCUUUUCCACGUGGCCUCCACGUGUCGUGCGUGUCUUCCGCCUAUGUUCUCGGCAGCAGCAGACGGCUCCCCGCCAAACCCUAAUUGGGAUGUCGACUUCGACUGGCUGAGUAACGAGAACCAAAUCGCCAUGACGCGAUUCGCCGUGGCGCAGCACAACGCCGCCAAGAACGACAGCCUACAGCCAGUCAGAGUUCUCGAUGUGGACCGCCCGAGCGCAGGCAAUGCCAGCGCGGGCGGGGAGGAGUACCUUGUGUCACUGGCGGCUCUCAACCUGCUGCGCGGCCGCACUGCCUUAUUCGACGCCCUCCUCUCCCGCCGCCCUCUCGUGGCCGCGCAAUCCGCAACCCCUGCUGCUGCCCUUCCAUUAACAGCAACAGCAACAACAGCUGAAAAUGGAGGAGGAGAGGGAGGAGCGGAGGGAUGGGAGUACACGUUGAGGUCGUGGGGGCAGGUAGGGUGGGGACAUGCGAGCACGCGGGAGGAGCAGGAGGCGGCGCUCAGGCACGUGGUGCCGGUGAACCCCCUUCCGUGUGGCGACCUGUUGACUUUCGUUGACUCCUCAGAUGUGGAUGUGCAGCGCGUGGCACGAGAAGCGGUGGCGAGUGCGAAUGAGAGACAGGGCAGUGCGCUGCUGCUAAUUUCCGUGCUGGAGGCACAGUUGAUGAUACCCGGGUUCAGAGAAUACACGCUCACACUGCUGGCAGCAGAUAACACCACCCGCAUGGCGGCACACUAUGCCACGCACGCACUGGAUCUAGGGCUGACGAACAACAGUGACGCCACGCCUGAAACGUCACAGGGGGGGAACGCGAGUGGGAGGAGUUUGGUGAAUGUGACGUGGUUUGCGGUGGUGGCGGGGACGCAGCGGAAUGCAACAGCGGGGGAGAUGGGCGUGGCGGCAGCAGGGGGGUGCGCCGGGCGGAAUGCGAGCAGCAGCAGCGCUGCUGGUGGUGGCGGCAGUAUGUUUAACAGCAGCAGCAGCAACAGCAUCAGCAGCAGUGGCAUUUUGGAGUGGGACUUGGCACGGGCCAUGGCAGGGGUGUGUGUGGAUGAGGGGUGGGUGCUCAUCCCCGCUGCCGCCAGUGUUGACAAUUCAACGACUCCCUCUGCCUCCUAUAGUGUCUCCUCCAAUGCCUCCUUUAGUGCUUCCUCCAAUGCCUCCACUGCUGCUCCCUACACGGACACCUACAAUGGCUUCUCCAUGCGCUCCCUCGCUCUCUUUGCCCUGAACCAACUCAUCAACCAGAGCAGCCUCCCCUCGAAUUUGACUCUACUGGAUGUGCUUGCAGCGAGGGCGAAUGUGGUGGAGGGAGCAGGGAUCAACUACAGCGUGACUGUAACAGCCGCGGUGGAUGCAGCGUCAGCAGCUGGAGCAACGGUGCCUACAACAACAACGGUACCUACAACUACAAUAUUUGCAGCAACGGCACCUACUACAACAACACCUCCGGUGCUGCUGAAUGCACCUUCAACCAAAGCCAAGGCAGCAGAGGAGGAGGCAGGGAAGCAAGUGGUGGUGCUGAAGCUGCUGGUGUGGCAGCCGGUGCCCUUCACUGCUUUCCGCCUGGUUGACUUUUUCCUGCUGGAUGGGGGAGGUGGUGAGGGGGAGAGUGGGAAGCAAAAGCAGGAGGGCGUGUUGCUCGUUGACUGUGCUUCCCCACCCCCAGGUCACAUCCUCCUUGGGAACUGCACGACAGUGCCUAAGGCUGGCUAUUCUUUUGUAGUUGCCGCAAUAGGGUUUGUAACAUUGCUUCGUGUGCUUGUCUCGCUGGGCCUUGUUCUGGCCCUCCUGUAG